GGCGGCAGAGGCUGCCUGAGGCGACGGGCGCCGGUCUCGCUCGGUGGGGCGAUGCGGCGUUCGCGGGGGGCGUUGGCGGCGGCGGCGGCGGCGUUGCUGGCCCCGCUGCUGGCGCUGGGCCCCGGGCUGGGCGCGGGCGCGGCGUCGGCUCAGUCGGUGUGGACGGCGUGGCUGAACGUGUCGUGGCGGCUGCCCGGCAGCAACCAGUCGGCGUGGAGCGCGGGCGAGAGCGGCCUCUUCGGGCAGGACUCGCCGGUGCGGCCGGCCGCCGGGCUGGUGGUGCGGCCGGACGAGCGCGAGGGGCUGAACGCCUGCAGCCCGCGGAGCAACUUCUCGGGCGCGCCCCCGCACGCGCCCUGGGUGGCCCUGGUGCAGCGCGGCGGCGGCUGCAUGUUCAGCGUGAAGAUCAACGCCGCCGCCCGGCUGCGCGCCCAGGCCGUGGCCGUCUUCAACUACGAGGGCGCCGCCGGGCCGGAGGUGCAGACCAUGACCCACCCCGGUACAGGAAACACGGUGGCCAUCAUGAUUAGCUACGCCAAAGGCAGAGAAAUCCUUCAGAAGAUUGAAAAGGGCUACCAGGUGACCAUGGCUAUCGAAGUAGGGAAAAAGCACGGAUCGUGGAUGAAUAAUUAUUCCAUUUUCUUCGUUUCGGUGUCCUUCUUCAUAGUCACAGCCGCCACGGUGGGAUACUUCAUAUUUUAUUCCGCUAGAAGGCUUAGAGUUGCAAGGGCCCAGAACAGGAGACAGAGACGGCUGAAAGCAGAUGCCAGGAAGGCAAUUGGACAGCUACAGUUGCGUACAUUAAAACAGGGAGACGAGGAAACCGGCCCUGAUGCAGAUAAUUGUGCUGUGUGCAUUGAAGCGUACAAAGCAAAUGAUAUUGUCCGAAUUUUAACUUGCAAUCAUCUGUUUCACAAGAGCUGUAUCGAUCCCUGGCUGCUAGAGCAUAGGACUUGUCCCAUGUGUAAAUGCGACAUACUCAAGGCUUUGGGAAUUGAGGUGGAUGUGGAAGACCAAGGAGAGCCUGCUCAAACGCCCUCUGCCCCCAGCGAAGCCUCUAAUAUUCCUUCAGUUAAUGAAGAAGAUAAUCACAGCGAGACCGCCUCAUCGGGGUACGCUUCUGUACAGGGAGCUGAGGAACCGGCUCCAGAGGAGCGUGUUACUCCAGAGAGUGACCAUCUCCGUCUCGUGAACGCUUCGCAGACCCCCGAGGUCGACACGCUGCCCCAGCUUGACAAUCCCGGCUUCGAAGGAGACGAAGCCCACGAGCAGCAAGUGAAAUCUUAGGUGUUAGCAAGACUGCAGUUCGCUUGAGACACCAGCAUCCCAACCAUGAGGAAAACCGCUAAGACUGACGUAGCAGCCACGCUCCCUUGAUCCCGAGAUAAAAUACACAGUUUUAAGAUGGCAAUUCUACGGAGUGGCCUGCCCUCUCACUUUAUUUCUUUACUGAAUUAGUUUUUACAUCUUUUCAGCCUAGCUCUUUUCUUCUGGCACACCACCAAGACCCCCAAGCAUCCCACCAAGACAUCUCUGAGCAUUAUCAUUUUUUCCUGCAUAGAACUUCGGCUGUUCGUCCUCCAGAAGCAUUAACCCACUGGGGUGUGUGGGGGGGAAAAUGUCUACCGAUCUUCAAAUUAACUUUAAACUAAUCGAGUUAGCUUUUUAAAUUUUUAUUUGUUAAGCUUUCGGGUAAUGAAACCACUGGGUGUAUGUAUGCUGCUUUUGCAGCACUGGUUUGCAUUAGCUUGGCCUUUAUGUAAUUUAUUGAGAGGCUUUCAUUUUCUUGAUCUUAGAGCAGGGAUUCUCAACCUUGGCAACUUUAAGACUUGUGGACUUCAACUCCCAGAAUUCCUCAGCCAGCUUUGCUGGCUGAGGAAUUCUGAGAGUUGAAGUCCACAAGUCUUAAAAGUUGCCAAGGUUGAGAACCCCUGUCUUAGAGGAUAGCCUCUUGCUGCGUUAAGUUGCCAAGCAAUUCAGUUUUUAAUCCUGACUGUAAAAGACACUGGGAAUAUUUACUUCCACCCCUUUCACUGAUUGUAGAGCAAAUUAACACUAUGGAGCCAAAUGGACAUUGCAAAAAUGUUCGAAGAGAAUAGAAUACAACUAUUUUGUACUGAAGGGGGAGGGAAGAACUACAUAAAAUUUGCCCUGUGUUUUUUUUUUUAAUUGCAAUCUUAACAAGCUGCCACACGGCCCAAUUAAUGGUCCGGUUUUUAGUUAGUGCUGCUCUUAACUUUGUCAGAGGCUACCUCAGCCUCGCUCAAAGGGAUUUUUGUUGUUGUUGUUGCUGCUAGUCCAAAGAAACAGCUAAGUAAAGAUACCCAAAGAGUACUGUAAAUAUUCAGAAUAGGCAAUGCAUGGACAUGGCUAAACUGGAAAUUAAUGAAUGGGUGAACUUUUAAAAUUAUUUUUCUAACGUGUGAGAAGGGAGUAAAGGGAACACAGGGUUCAUAGGGAGCCCCAAAACCUCAUCCACCAAAGUGAAUUACUAUAUUUAAUAAUGCACUUUAUUUCACCUCUGUGUUUCCGUUUCUGAUCACAAGUCUAGCAUAAGUGUACUGGAGAACAGUGAUAAUUGGUUUUGCAACUUUUCCACGUUGAUUCUGAUAGGAAAAAAUCAGUACGUCUUUCUCCCUUUCUGCAUAGUGUUCAAUAUUUGUAAAUAUUUGAUUUCUAUUGAAUUCCUUUGAAUACAAAACUGUAAAUAAAGCUAUACUACGGCCUG